AUGUCAGGCCCUCAGUGCUGCUCGAACCCACCAACACUGAACCCAUCCAGCGGCUCUGGCCAUGUUGAGAAGUUCGGUGGUCUGGACACCUAUGUCACUGGCUCCCCUGACUCCAAGCUUGCUAUUCUUCUCGCCUCUGACGUUUUUGGAUAUGACGCUCCCAACUUAAGGAAGCUGGCAGACAAAGUUGCAGCUGCUGGCUUCUUUGUUGUGGUCCCUGACUUCUUUUACGGAGACCCUUUUGUACCCGGAGAUGAUGGAUCCUAUGCCAAUCUACCUACUUGGUUAAAAGAUCAUGGACCGGACAAGGCAUUCGAAGAAUCAAAGCCAGUACUUGAAGCUUUAAAAAGUAAAGGUGUUUCUGCAGUUGGUGCUGCAGGAUUCUGUUAUGGGGCCAAGGUUGUUGUUGAGCUUUCAAAGCAUGACUUUAUCCAAGCUGCUGUUCUGUGUCAUCCUUCAUUUGUCACUCUGGAUGAUAUCAAGGCGGUUAAGAUUCCCAUUUCGAUACUUGGAGCUGAGAUUGAUAAGAUGUCUCCACCUGAAGUCGUGAAACAAUUUGAAGAGGCCUUAACUGCAAAAUCUGAGAUUGAAUGCCAUGUGAAGAUCUUCCCAAAAGUGGCACACGGGUGGACUGUGAGGUACAAUGUUGAAGAUGAAGCAGCUGUUAAGGCUGCUGAAGAGGCUCAUCAAGACUUGUUGGAGUGGUUCUUGAACCAUGUCAAGUGA